AUGCCUCCAGAAGAUGGUGCGACCUCUGCAGGGAGAAACACGGUAGGAGGUGGUGGAGCCAUUUUGAAGAAGGGCCCAUGGACGGCUGGAGAAGAUGCGGUUUUAAUGGAGUAUGUCAAGAAACACGGCGAAGGGAAUUGGAACGCUGUUCAACGGAAUUCAGGGUUGAUGCGAUGCGGUAAAAGUUGCAGGCUCCGAUGGGCCAACCAUUUAAGACCUAAUCUCAAAAAAGGAGCUUUUACUCCUGAAGAAGAACGCCAGAUCAUCGAACUUCAUUCCAAAUUCGGCAACAAAUGGGCGCGUAUGGCCCUUCAUUUGCAGGGAAGAACGGAUAAUGAGAUCAAGAAUUAUUGGAAUACGAGAUUGAAAAGACGUUUACGAGCAGGAUUACCGAUAUACCCUGUCGAUUUCCAGCAACACCAUCAUCAUCAUCGCCGCCACCACGAACCAUCGCUACAAAACCAGACGCUUCCGUUUUCAUCAUCAUCGUCUUCGUCAAACCAUGCAAACACGGCUCUUAAUUCGAUCUCUCCGAUGUUGUUUGAUCCGAUAAACUAUGGUCCGGUUUUCAACACGCCGUUAUAUCUUCCGAAUUCACAGUCGCAUUUCAAGAUUCUUCGGGACACCAACGGUGGUGUUUCCGCCUUGUCCUUACCGUCGCAUUCGAACGCGCAAUUUGCGACGAGUUCCCGAUCUUCGAUGCCGUUUUUCAAUCAGGGUUUCCCGACAGCGAAUCAUGGGAUGAGUCAGAUACCGACGACGGAAGCCUCUUUCAACGACGUUCGGUUGUUUGAAACCGUAGAAAACGAGCUCCCUUCCAUCCAAUCAUCGUUUCAAGCGAUCACGCCAACAUGUUCCUCCAACACCGUGAACGAUCAUAUGAUUGUGCCAUCGAACGAUGGCGAUAACGCGAUUUCCCCUUACAUAUCCCCUCCCGGAAAUAGCGGAUUGUUGGAGGACGUUUUGGGCGAAUCCCGAGCUCUAUUAAGCUCGUCUCAGAUACUUUCUAACGAAAGCAUGUCGCCAGAAGCCGAUAAGGGCAAAGAAAAAUUCACACAUGAAUACUCCCUAAUGGAAGAACCCGAAAACGUGACACUGGAAUCGGUUUUCGAACCACGAGAGAACAAGCCUACUCUCGAGGACUCGAGCUCGGGCCAUUCGUCAAUUGAGAUAGGAGUAAAACCCCGAAGCGACGUAUUCGAAGAGAUAAAUGCGAUGGACGAUGAUUUUUCGAGUUGGCUCGAUUUCCCAACCGGGUCUCUUCAAGAUUGGUAUGGCGGAAGUGAAGAUGCAUCGACCAAGAAACCGGUCGAUGCAUCGAACAGGAACAUGGUUGGAGCCGACAACCAGGUCGAGAUUUCGUGCUCUCCGGUUGCAACGACAGAGACGGACCAUGACCAUGACCACGACCACGACCACGACCAAGAACAUGACUGGACCAUGGGGUCAUGCUGCUGGAACAACAUGCCUGGAUUUAGCUAG